AUGUGUUCCAGGGCUGCUGAAAGCAAGCUGUAUGUGGAUGUUGGUAUGGAAUGCAUACCCAUUGUUUAUCGUGAUGAGUACAACAUACGUUUGCUUGGCAUGGAAAAACUGCACCCAUUUGAUGCUGGAAAAUGGGGGAAUGUUGUGAAAUAUUUGAAGAAGAAGAAAUUGCUGAAAGAUUUGAAAUUAGUGUGCCCAAAUGAAGCCACCGAGACUGACUUACGCUUUGUACAUACAGCAUCAUAUCUUAGAAGUCUGAAGUGGAGUGUGAAUGUUGCAAAAAUUACAGAGGUUGCUCCAGUAGCACUUUUGCCAAAUAUGGUUGUGCAGAAAAAGGUAUUAAAACCAUUCAGAUACCAAACAGGAGGAAGUGUCUUGGCAGGGAAACUAGCAGUGGAGCGAGGAUGGGCAAUAAAUAUUGGGGGUGGUUUUCAUCACUGCAGUGGAAACAUGGGUGGUGGCUUCUGUGCCUAUGCAGAUAUUACACUAACAGUGCACUUUAUCCUCAACCAUUACCCUAACAUUCAGAAGGUUAUGAUCAUUGACCUUGACGCUCACCAGGGUAAUGGGCAUGAACGUGACUUCAUCGGCAGAAAAGAUGUCUACAUACUUGAUGUCUACAAUAAAUACAUAUAUCCAAAGGACACAUAUGCGAAGAGGGCAAUAAGUCGAAGAGUUGAACUGUUUGCAUACACACAGGAUGAAGAAUACCUCGAGAAGGUCACAACGCAUGUGGAAGGGGCCCUGAAUGAAUUUAGUCCACAUGUGGUCAUAUACAAUGCUGGAACAGACAUUAUGGAAGGAGACUGUUUGGGACUGCUGUCUGUGACCAAGCAGGGUAUUGUAGACAGGGAUGAGAUAGUUUUCCAGAAGGUGAGAGAAAGGCGUAUUCCCAUCAUCAUGGUUACCAGCGGUGGCUAUCAACGUGUAACGGCAGCUGUAAUUGCUGACUCUAUUGCAAACCUGAACAGAAAGUCAUUAAUAGAUAUGAGAGUACAAUAAGUUGACUUUGAAUCUCUUUUAAGACAUAAUUGGCUUUAAAAAUGUGAUCUUUUAUUUUUAGACAGCUUUUGUUUUAAACUUUUCAUCUCUAUCAUUAACUGAUAAUAAGUUAACUUUGAAUCUUUGUUAAGCCGCAGUUGGCUCUAAAAAUUGCAACUUUACUUUUUAAAAAGUUUUAGUUUUCAACUUUUAGUGUGUAUGGUCAGUUGAUUUUAAGCUUAUUUGAUCUCAUUUGAGACUUAAUAGGCUUUCAAAAAUGUAAAAUUUUAAACAGUUUUUGUAUUGAAUGUUUAGUCUUUAUGGUUACCUGAUGAUAAGCUUACUUUGAGUAUCUUAAGACUUAAUUGGUUUUGAAAGAUGCAAUAUUUUAUUUUUAGACAGCUUUUUCACAUCUAGUCUAUAUGGUUACCUGUUAAUUUUUCUAUUUUAAUUUUGCUGAAGGAAAACUAUGGAGAAAAUUGAAGUAUUUUAUGUAGUUUAGUAUUGUUUUGCAUGUGUCUGUAUGUUUGUGUUUGUAUAU